ACUAUGCAUUUCAGUUUGUUUCUUAUUCUCAAAGGCUUCGAUAAAAACUCGUAUCGUUGCUAGGUUUUGCUCUUCCUGUCCAAACUUUUGGCCGAAAAGCAUCACUCGUCGCUCGCCAUGUCUGUGUUGACGCUUAAGGAUAUCAAGACGGUCGUAACGCGUGCACUCGGUCCAAAGGUUACGAUUGUCAGUCAUCGUCUGGAAGACUUUACGAAAGAGAAGAAUGGCAUAUUUGGAACUCACCAACUGCUUGUGGUUGAAGUUGAAGAUGGAUCCUACGAGAAGAAGACCGAAAGCUUCUUUGUGAAGACACGUCCAGAAUCUGCUCUGAUCAUGGAUACACUCUUGGACGAGGAAACUUUUCUCGAAGAGAUUCACUUUUUCGCCCAAGUUCAUCCUCUGAUGAUGAAGGAUUACCAGGGCGAGAGAUGGUCACCUCGAUGCUUUUUGGCCAACAAAAACGUCCUCGUAUUCGAAGACCUUCGCGUCCAGGGAUUCACCCAUCGUACGAAAAAUAUCCUAGACGAACAAUCAUUGAAAUCCGCUCUGUCAUCGCUAGCCAGGUUUCACGCGUCCUCCCAACUCGCAGAAAAGCGUUUGGGCAAAUCUCUGAAGGAAGUCUUUCCGUCCGCGUUUGGGGAAAAGGUGUACAACAACGGCAAUAAAUUUGGACAGUCCACAUCCUGCGGUUACGAGACCAUCACCUUGAUGGCCGAGAAGUUGGGCUUGAACUCUGGAUUGGUGUCGAGAAUCCACGAAAAAGCUUCGAAGCUUGUCAAACCUGCGGUAGGUAAAUUGAACGUUCUCUGUCACAGUGAUCUCUGGAUGAACAACGUUCUCUUCAACGACAGUGUACCUGCCAAAUGCAUUUUAGUGGAUUUCCAACUCUUGAGAUACGCUUCACCAGUAAUCGACUUCUGCAUGUUGGUGUACUUGCAUACGACUCCGGAUUACCGAAAGAAAAAUAAUCUAGAACUGUUGCAGUAUUAUCAUUCCGUUCUUCGCGACGUACUUCUGCGAAGCGAGAUCAAGCCCAAGAUACCGUCGUUCGAAAACCUUUUGAGCGAUUUCAACGAAUACAAACUCGCGGGAAUGGCAUACGCCUCGUUGUACUUGCCUGGUAUCUAUUUAAAUCCGGAAGAUUUUGGUACGCUGUUAAACGAUCCAACAGCACUGCAGAAAUUUAUGUUCACGACGAGGAUGGACCUUAUAGGACCUGCUAUGGACAAGGAUCCCGUUUACAGAGAAAAACUGAGGGGCAUCAUAGAAGAACUGUUGGAAGAGGCUGAACGAGUAUUCGGUUAACGAUAGAGGCACUUUUUGUAGCAUUGUUGUUUUUGUGAAAUAAAUUGCUAUUAAUGUG